UUGUGUUGUAUUGUUAACGUUUCUUUGUCCCAGAUGGAUUUUAAUGAUGUUAUUGAAGAGGAAAUAAGGAAACAAAUAUCUCCUCUUUGGGCGAAAUAUUCUGAUAUGGAAGCCAAAAAUUUGGAAAACCAGAAAACUAUAGGUGAACUGCAAAAGCAAAUUCUUGACCUAAAACAGGAGAAUGAUUUAAAGACUUCUGAACUUUACAAGACCAGUCAGUGGCUCCAUCAGCUGAUGACAACAACCUGGGAAGGAAAUGAGUCAUCUCUAGACAUCUGCCGUUAUAUAACCCAUCAAUGUCCUUCCAAACCCAGACAAGAUAGACAGACAAGCCACUAUGUUGCCUUCAGUGCCUACAUUGACAACCUGGGUGGAAAUAAUCAUGUGGGGAACACGCUUCUAUACAACAAUGUUCUUGGUAACUAUGGAAACGCCUAUAACAGCAGUAGUGGAAUUUUUACAGCACCAACAGACGGUAUCUAUGCCUUUCUCUGGGUCACUGCUGUUCGACAUGACAGCUGGUGCAGUACCAGGAUGUUAAAAAAUGGCUUCAUCUUAAGUAUGACUUCCUCUAAUGCCAAGGCAACUGGUUCCAAUUCUAUUGAGAGUGGUUCAGGAACCGGUUUUCUCAUAACAUACAUGAACCACGGUGACACUGCCUUUGUGGAAAUGAACAAUCCCCAUAGUGAAACAUGUAAUAUUGUCAGCAAUGCCAAGGCACUAACCACCUUCUCUGGGUGGCAGAUUACUAGAAUUUGACUUCUUAUGCUGUCACACAUCUAUACCUCUACUCAAUAAACU